UGUAGGAUUUCUUAAAUAGAAUUAGAGAGUGACGCAUGGUUUCUUCCAAAUAAUAAAAAUAAGCAAGUAUACAUUUGAGUCUCAUUACCAAAGAAAACUUGAUCACAAUGUAAUUUUAAAAUCAAAUCAAUUGAAUGAUGAAAUAAAAAAAGAAAAAGGAAAUGAUUAUACUUUUAUCUUGAAUUUCAAUAGUUAUUGUCAAAUUGAAAUUCAAUAAAUUUUCAAAUUAUCCUUCUAUCAAGGUGAAAUCUAAUAAUAGGUAUUUUGGUAAAAGUUUAGUUGCAAAAAAAACAGAAUCCGCUAUUUACUAUUCUUAGAAAUCAACCAUUUGAUUCUAAAGAACUAUUCAUAGGAUGUAACCUGAUUCUCUCAUCAAAAUUCAUAAAUUAGUUAAGCCUAACACAAUGUGAAAUUACCAAAAUACCCUUUACAUAGAUAGAACAAAAAAACAAAGACACAAUUGUUUCUUCUUUCUCUCUUUCCUUCAUCAAAAUCAUCAUAAAAACAAUCACAUUUUAUGGGAACAUUUACAAGCUUUAGAAAAGCCUAUGGAGCUCUCAAGGACUCCACCAAGGUUGGCCUUGCCAAAGUCAAUAGUGAAUACAAGGAGUUGGAUAUUGCCAUUGUGAAAGCUACCAAUCAUGUUGAAUAUCCUCCAAAGGAACGCCAUGUUAGAAAAAUUUUCUAUGCAACAUCAGCACACCAACCACGCGCGGACGUGGCAUAUUGCAUUCAUAAACUUUCCAAGAGACUUGCAAAGACACGAAGUUGGAUAGUUGCUAUAAAGACAUUGAUAGUGAUUCAUAGGACUUUGAGAGAAGGCGAUCCUACUUUUCGAGAAGAGCUUGUGAACUACGCGCGCAGGGGACAUAUUCUCCAAAUAUCUAAUUUCAAAGAUGACUCAAGCCCUCAAGCUUGGGAUUGUUCUGCAUGGGUUCGAACCUACGCACUAUUUUUAGAAGAAAGACUCGAAUGUUUUAGAGUCCUUAAAUAUGACAUUGAAUCCGAGCGUUUAGUAAAAUCAUCGCCAGCUGCAACUAAAGCACAUAGUAGAACUCGAUCAUUGGCUAAUGACGAUCUCUUGGAGCAACUACCUGCUUUGCAACAACUUUUAUUUCGUCUUAUUGCUUGUCAGCCAGAGGGAUGUGCUUAUACCAAUUAUCUAGUACAAUAUGCAUUGGCUUUGGUAUUGAAAGAAAGCUUCAAAAUAUAUUGUGCACUCAAUGAUGGAAUCAUUAAUCUUGUGGACAUGUUUUUUGAAACUUCAAGACAUGAAGCAGUGAAGGCUUUAAAUGUAUAUAAACGAGCCGGCCAACAGGCUGAAAAUCUUGCCGAAUUUUAUGAAUACUGCAAAGGCUUGGACCUUGCUAAGAAUUUUCAGUUUCCAACCCUAAGACAGCCACCUCCAUCUUUUCUUGCCACAAUGGAAGAAUAUAUCAAAGAAGCACCUCAAUCAGGAUCUAUGCAUAAGAGAUUGGAGUAUGAGCAAAAUGAUGAAUCUCCUGAGGAAGAACCGGAGCCAAAAGAACCCGAAGAGCCACAAGAAACCGAGAAACAAGAAGAGGAAGUCAAAGAGGAAGAAGAAUCACCUGAGGAAGAAACACAGCCUAGCGAAGAAGAAGUUGAGCCUCCUCCACUUAUAUCAACUGACAACGGUACCGAUGACUUGCUGGGUCUGAGUGAAAUAAAUCCUAGAGCUAUAGAGUUGGAGGAAAACAAUGCCAUGGCUCUUGCAAUCAUACCGCCCGGUGGAAAUAAUAAUUCAAACAAUCUUGCUUUGAGUAACAUUGGUGGAACCACUGGUUGGGAACUCGCAUUGGUUACGACACCAAGUAACCAUACCAGUCAAGCACCGGAUCGCAGAAUGGCCGGCGGUUUUGACAAACUAUUACUAGACAGCUUAUACGAAGAUGAAAGCGCGCGGAGACAACUUCAACUUCAAAAUGCAGGCUAUGGACAUGAAGAAAUAACUGUACAAAAUCCAUUUGAUCAUUAUAAUCAACAUGAUCCAUUUGCAAUGUCUAAGAACAUAGCACCUCCAACAAAUGUUCAAUUGGCAUUGUUGAAUCAACAACAACAGCAACAUCAAAUGAUGUUCCAACAACAACAAAUGAUGUAUCCACAACAACAACAACAACAACAAAAUUAUAACAUGGCUAUGGUUCCUCAUCAGCAACAACCUCAUUCUCAACAAUUGCAAAUUAUGGGAAAUCAUAAUCCAUUUGGUGAUCCUUUACCUGUGGCUAGUUAUCCUCAUAACUCCUUGCCUCCACAAGGAAAUUACAAUUUAAUGUAGAGUUUGUCUCUUUUUUCUUUUUGGAAUUCUUUAAUUCACUGUGGACUAGUGAAUAUACUAUUUAAUUUUUUUAGUUAUCAAUAAUUUGUUUAGAUAAAAUAUUAUUUACCUAGAUAUAUCCUACUCUUAGUAUACAUAGGUUAAAUUUGAAUUUUGUCUUAGAUAAAGUAUUCCCUGUUACAAACCAUUGUUCUUUUGUACACUAGUCAUAUAUAGUUUGGUGAAGGAUGUUGAGAA